CCCUCCCCCCUUUCUCAUCUCUCCCAUCCAUUCUCUCUUCCCCUCUUCUCCAUUUUUUCUGGCAACCAACAAACCACCAUCACUGACGAGGCUUCCAGCAACUAUUCCAUGACAAGACGACCACGAUGAGACACUAAAUGGUGGUGAACUGCAGCAGCGCCAGUGAGAAAGAAAGAGGAGAGAGAGAGAGAGAGAGUAAUCGCAUAAAAAGAGACCUAACUUUCUAACAUCUUUCAGGCCGUUUUCAAUGGCCAUUUUUGGCAAUUUCAAGUGCUAUGAACUCCUAGGAUGACAAGCUUUUCAGAUGGGACCUGUGGUACUCCAUUUGGUGGCCGGAGGAAGGAGAUCCAACGAGUGAAAAAUGAGAGAGAAAAUGGGUCGCUGUGAGCUUUCCGGCUAUUUUCCAGUGAUCCAACUGUCAGAUCAGCUAUCCGAGACCACCAUUAAACUUAAAGCGAUGAAACCUUUAAGAUGGGACAAACUCCGCUUCGAUCGGAUACCGUUUGGAAAAGACGAUCAUCGGACGGUUAAGAUCACUCAGCUUUAUUUAGGUACAAUCGGAUCAAUGAUAGUUCAUUGGCACUCGAGACCGAGUUUUCAGGCUAGUUCGAGCGUCCACGAGCUGUUCCAGAAAGGGAUUGUGCCCACUGUCAAUCUUAUGGUUUUCAAAUGUUCCGGAAAAGUUUCAGGGGGUUAGAUCCAGUUAUAAAGGAGACUCUGCCAAAAUUUUAGCAAGAAUGUAGGAAAUUUUCUUGUUUCUUUAAUUAAAUUAAUUAGUUAAUUUUGUCAAUAAAUUAAUAAAGAAGUCACUAUGUCUGUAUAGGUGAUCGGUGUCAGCUAACCUUUUUCUCCAGUCGAACCAGCCACAAUCAGGCCAAUCAGUUUAUGAAUUGAAUAUUGAUUAUUUUUAUAAUUUCAAUAAAAAUUAUAUAUCAAGCA